AUGGCAAGGAAAUGGGGAGCUUCAUUGUAUCAUAUUGGUGGCGAUGUUUCCGAGGUGCCGUCCAGUGCGGAUGGGGGGCGUGAAGGUCAUAAUGCGGGACGAAGAAUGGCGAGCAAUAUGGUUUAUCAUCUCACCAAUUCAAGGAUUGCAUCUAGACAUGUUGUUUCCCCCAUUGGUCUCAUGUCGAUUCGUGGUCGUCAGGUGUACGCAUUACCUUGGACAAAUGGGCAUCUUCAUUAUCAAGUUGUUUGA